GUAGCAUAUUCGCAAAAAAAAAAAAACAGCUUAGGUAGCAGCAGCAAUGGCGACGCGUGUAAUUGUGCUCAGGGUGGGCCUCCUCUUCUUGCUGGCGAUGUCGGCGUUGGCCCAAUACCCGUCGUCCCCAAGCUCGCCGGACUCGUAUCCAUCCCCGGGCUCAUACCCAUCUCCAGGCUCCCCGGACGGCUACCAGGAGGAGGGGGAGGUCGCCCCUCCAAGGAACGUGACCUGCAAGGACUCCGAGAGGAAGCGGUCGGGAUGUAUGAGCACCUGCCCCGCCCGCUGCCCCCAGCAAUGCAUCGUCAUCUGCCCCGACUGCAAGACAUUCUGCAAUGACGAGGUAAAGCCGCCGAAGCCGGUGCCACCACCGGCGAUGUUCGUGUUCGGAGACGGGGCUUUGGACGUCGGCAACAACGCAUACUUGCCCAAGACUGAAACGGAGGAGGGGUACCCCCCGCAGGUCUCCAAAUCGAGCAGUGGCAGGUUCAGCAACGGGGCCAACUUGGCUGACACCGUCGCGACAUCUAUCGGCUUCGAGCAGAGCCCUCCGGCUUACAUGUCGCUGAACGGUGGGCUCAACAUAUGGGGAGCCAACUAUGCCUCAGCGGGUGCCGGUAUAAAAAUCUCCACUAAUGGAGAGCGGUCUAUCUCAUUGCCGAAGCAGCUGGAGAACUUUAAGGUGACGAGAGGCCAGAUGGAGAACAAGCUGGGCGGCGACGCCAAGAUGCGUGAGCUCCUUUCGAAGUCCAUCUUCCUCAUUAGCAUCGGUGGCCAGGACCUGGAUCCAAGAUGGAACGUCGAGUCCGGAUAUCCGCGGGAGCAGACCGAGCUCCAGGAGCUCAUGUCCCUGUACGGGGAUUUCAUCACGUCCCUCUAUGACAUGGGCGCCAGGAAGCUGGCAAUCGUCAACGUCGGCCUCAUCGGUUGCAUGCCACCACCCUACAGGUAUGAGUGCGACCAGAGCCUGAACGACAAAGCCACCGCGUUCGAUGCGGCCCUCAAGCCCCUAAUGGCUGACCUCGCGUCCAAGAAGUCGGGCCUCUCAUACUCCAUAGGCGACUUCUAUGGCUUCACCACCGCCGUCUUUGCCAACCCAUCAAAUUAUGGGCUAGUGAAUACUCGGGACUCCUGCAGCCAGUGGGGCUACCCGGACUGGACGUACUGCUACAAUCCAGAUGGUUACUGGUUCUGGGACCCAGAGUUCAUGACAGAUAGGGCUGCCAAGCUGACAGCCGCUGCGUUUUACUAUGGUCCACCCCAGUUUACAUUUCCAAUUACCUUUAAGGCUCUGCUGGAGAAAAAAUAAUUUCAUCUUGUGGUAUUUUAGUAGUAUGUAUUGUAUUUGUUUCCACUAGACAUGUGCUAUGGAAGCAACCGAAAUAUGCAAUAAGUAUUUCAUGAAGAAUAAAAUAGGUCAUUCU